AAAUCAAAAUGGCCGAAUGUAGGCUUGUGCUUCCUUAAUUUUGUAGUUGCAGUUCCAAUUAUUCAUUGUAAUUAUAUAUUUCUAUAAGCAAUUUACUAACCUAUUGGAAAUUAUGCGCCGAAAAAGUGAACGAAGUGCGACCAAGAAAACCAAAGCAUCGCCGGAAAAAAAGGUUGAAAAACUUAAACGUACAAGAUCUAGGCGUAAAAAAUCAUCAUCUUCUGAGAAUGAGUCAGGUGAAGAGACUAAAGUAGAACAGGAAGUUGAAGUCACUAAUGUGAAGGAACAAAGUUUAGAGCAAACGACUAAAACAGACAGCCCGGAAGAAUCACAAGAACAAGUGUGGCAAGUUAAAGCUGCGGACGGUUCCGGUGAUGGUGGGGAGUUACAGAAAUUGAAGAUUUGCUUAACAAGGCCCCCGUCAACCCCUGAAAGGGUAGAUAAAUCUCCUCGAAGUAGGAGAAAACAGUCGCGUACCACGAGUUUUAGUGAUUCUCAGAGUGUUGAAGAGCCGGAAGAGAAAAAAAAGACUCGACUUCGCACGAAACAAUCAACAAGUAUAUCAAGUGAAAGCUCUGACAAAACAGAUAUUCAUAUUGAUGAGCCGCAAAAAGAAUGCACGUCGGAAAAAAAUAUGGACACAGAAAUUCAAGAGGCUACGGAUGUAGUGUCGCAGCCUCAAUCAAAUGAGGAAAAAACAAUGAAUGAAAGCGGUGAAAUUAAAGAGCCGACCGAUUUAAAGUCGAAGUCUCUAUUAAAUGAGGAAAAAACAGUGAGUGAUGAACAUGUUUUAACUUCUACAGAAUCAAAAACUGAAACAUCAACAUUGGGUAAAAAUAACAUACAGAAUAAAAUAUCUGAUGAGGAUGUGACAAAAGAAAGUGCGAAUGAUAAAUCAUCAUGUGAAGAUCAAGACAAACAAAAUAAUACUAAUAAGGUUUCAGAAAAGAAGAGCCCAGAAAGAGAAAGAAGUAUGUCAAUUGACAAAUCUGAAGUUCUUGAAAUACAUGCUGAUGAAAGUAAAGGUGAAAUUUCUGAUCUCGGGAUUACCAAGUCUCAAAAAGAAGUAAAUAUUGUUGAUCCAGAAUCACAUGAAGAAAUGAGUACAAAAGAAGGGGAAUUAGAUAAGGUAAGUACAAAUGAGGAUAAAACUGAUAAAAAUGUUCUUGAAAAUACAGAGUCUUCUCAGAAUGAGUUAGAAGUGUCAACUAAUGAAACUGAUUUUGUAGCAAAAUCUGAAACUCCUAUGAGUGAUAUUCCAAAAAAGAGUACUGCUGAUGCCACCUCAAGUGCCCACAAUGUAAAGUCUAUUGAUAGUCAAAAAAAAGAACUUGGAAUUUUGGAGUCUACACAGUCUAGUAAUGAAGAUACUGUUCACAAUGGUCAUAAUAAUAUAGUAAUAAAUAGAAAACGCAGGUGGGGCUCACGUUCUAACAAAUUAAUGUCUCAGAAAUCAAUAACCAUCUCUACCGAUGUGCUCAAAGAAAUCAUACCAGAUGUCAAACUUGUAGAGUUUGAUGAAGUCAUUGAAGAAAAGAAACAGCAUAAAAGAGUUGAGGUGACAGAAAAGGUUGAAAGGCCAAUAUUGCCAAAAAUUAUUAUUGAUAACACUGAAAAUGUAGAGCUAAAUAAAAGGGAACAAGAAGAUAAAGAUAAAGAAAACAUGAAACUUAAAGAACCUUCAAGUUUAUCUUCCACCCGAAAAAUAUCUAUUGUAAAAGACUCGGACAGUAUUGCUAUUGUAAGACCGCCUAGCCCACCAAGACAUAAACAGUCAAAUAUUUUGUACAUAACAAAUCUAGUGAGACCAUUCACUUUAUCACAAUUAAAAAAUUUGCUGCAGAGGACUGGACGAAUCGUUGAAAAUGGUUUUUGGAUAGAUAGGAUUAAAUCAAGAUGUUAUGUCAUUUAUGAAACUGAAGAUCAAGCAGUAGAAACUAGACAUGCUUUGCAUGGAGUGACCUGGCCAGUAUCAAAUCCUAAAACACUACAUGUAGAUUUUUCUACACAGGAAGAAUUUGAUAAAGCUAAAGCAAAUGAAGAAACUGAUAAUGCCCAAGCGUCAACUAUGCCAGGCACCGUAGAAGAUUGGCUUCGUGAGCAAGAUUUAAAAAGAGAAAGGGGAGAAUUGGAUAAACCAUGGGAACGUAAAACAAUGCGGGAGUGGGAUGUAGGAAAAAAUGACAGGGGUAAAGAACAAGAAAAAGAAAAAUUACGGAGAGAUGAUAGAUCUCUUGAAAAACGACGACAUCAUACACCAGAGAGAAGUCCUGAACCAGCAAAAAAAUUCAAGAAGAAAGAAGAAGCUCCAGCAAAACUCCUAGAUGAUUUGUUUAGAAAAACUAAAACCACUCCUUGCAUCUAUUGGUUGCCACUGUCAGCUGAAACUAUUGCAAUAAAAGAAGAACAGCGUCGUCAGCAUAUGGCCGAGCAUGAGAGACGUUUGCAGGAAUUACGCCGAACGCACCGCAGACAUUAGCAUGGUCCGUCCCACAUCCAUACUCACGUCACUCAUCAAACAUUAUAACCUUUUCAAAUAUUCAUACACAUACACACACUCACAACACACAUUACAUCCAGGUACAUUUCACAUACAUUGUUUUUAACAAUUUGUCUCUUUGUCGCUAUUUCUUUCAGAAUUUAACAGCAUAAUUAGCAACAUAUUUUAAUAUAUAUAUAUAUAUUUAUAAAUUAGCUAACCAUAGAGAAGAAUAAUUUGAUUGUAUGUUUUUAUGUAGUUACUUUAGGUUAAAACAUUUUUCAUUCAAGACAUUGCAAGGAUUAUUAUUGGAAGUAAUUGAAUGGUUGGAUUUAUUUUACACAAAAUGUUAUAGAAAGGAACAAUUGGAGGAAAUCCUAUGAUUUUGAACGUCAUCGCUGGGGUCAUGCCGUUGCUUGAUUCGACGUGAGCAGAUGUUGGAACUCCGCUGGGAGAAAAAGAUGCAAUUAUAUUUGACGUCAUUCCAGUGUGGCAAACUGGGCAAAUUAUGCUAUGUACAACAACCUACCACUGUAAGCAUAUUGGUCGACUAGUUUUGAACUGAGUCAAACAAACCUUGAAAAUCAAACAAUAUUCAUUUCCAUGAGAUUUCAUGAGCACUCUGCAGUUUAUAUCAACGAUCUUGGACCAUGAAGACAACGUGGGAACAUAUAAUUGAAGGUUAUGAUAAGACUAAGCCCCAAAAAUCUAUAACAUGUGGAAAAAGAUUUAGUGAAUGAAUUCACUUCAUUUCUAUAGCAAUCAAUUAUGUUGAAAACUUUUGGGAACUUGUAUGAAAGUUGUCUUUUAUGUGAAUUAUUGUGGACACUUUUCCUAAUUGUAGCAAUUCCAUUGAUGUUCAAUAAACUGUUUUUGU